AUUCAUUCCUCGGUAGCUCUGUGGCGUUUUCUUAAAAAAAAGUAAAAUUUAUGCAGAAAAAAUAAAAGCGGCGCAGCUAUUUAUUAUUUUAUUUUACAUGCAUAAUCAAAAGAAAUGCAAAUAUAAACUUUUAAUUAUCAAGUGUUAACACGACACAAUAUUCAGAAUGGCUUACCACUACGUCGUUACUGCACAAAAACCAACUGCAGUUACAGCAUGCAUAACAGGCAAUUUCACAUCUCCUACCGACCUAAACCUCCUGGUGGCGAAGGUGUCUCGUCUAGAGAUGUACCUUGUUACUCCAGAGGGUCUUCGCCCCAUGAAAGAGGUUGGACUAUAUGGCAGAGUGGCUAAAAUGAAACUGUUUAGACCUCCGUAUGAGAAACAGGAUCUGGUAUUUAUAUUAACUGCCCGUUACAACGCUAUGAUAUUAGAGUGGAGGACGGGCGCAAACGGUGAACUAGAAGUGGUCACUAGAGCACACGGAAAUGUGGCUGAUAGAAUCGGCAAACCUUCAGAGAACGGCAUACUUGCAGUGAUCGACCCACAGGCCAGGGUGAUUGGUCUGAGAUUGUACGAUGGCCUGUUCAAAAUUAUACCCUUGGAUAAGGAUUCUACAGAGCUUAAAGCUGCUAGUUUAAGGUUGGAUGAACUAAAUGUUUAUGAUUUAGAAUUUCUACAUGGCUGUUCAAAUCCAACAUUAAUUUUAAUACAUCAAGAUCUCAAUGGAAGACAUAUUAAGACACAUGAGAUAAACUUAAGAGAUAAAGAAUUUAUAAAGAUACCAUGGAAACAGGACAAUGUGGAGACAGAGGCGUCUGUAUUGAUUCCUGUGCCCAGUCCUUUAGGUGGUGCAAUUGUGAUUGGGCAGGAAUCUAUAGUGUAUCAUGACGGUCAGAGCUAUGUGGCCGUCGCACCACCACAGAUAAAGCUGACGCCCAUCCACUGCUACUGCCGCGUGGACGGGCGCGGGCUGCGCUACCUGAUGGGCGACAUCGCCGGCCGCCUCUUCAUGCUGCUGCUGGAGCUGCAGGAGAAGAUGGACGGCACCCAGACUGUCAAGGAUCUCAAGGUGGAAUUCCUAGGUGAUAUUCCAAUACCGGAGUGCAUGACGUACCUGGACAACGGGGUGGUGUUCAUCGGCUCACGGCUGGGCGACUCGGCGCUGGUGCGGCUGUCGGCCACCAGAGACGAGGCCAGCCAGUACGUGCAGCCCAUGGAGACCUUCACCAGCCUGGCGCCCAUCCUCGACAUGUGCGUCGUGGACCUGGAGCGGCAGGGCCAGAACCAGCUCAUCACGUGCUCAGGUGCUUUCAAGAUGGGUUCCCUGCGCAUCAUCCGCAACGGCAUCGGUAUCCAGGAGCAGGCGCUCAUCGACCUGCCCGGCAUCAAAGGCAUGUGGGCGCUCACCCUGGCGCCCGACUCCAACUACCACGACACGCUGGUGCUGGCCUUCGUGGGACAAACAAGAGUAUUAACACUGAACGGAGAAGAAGUUGAGGAAACAGAUAUCAGAGGCUUUGUCUCAGACAGACAAACAUUUUUCACAGGGAAUGUGUGCCACGAUCAGCUCAUACAAGUGACGGACGAGGGCGUGCGGUUGAUCGCACGCGGCGCAGACGGCUCGUGGGCGCCUGCCGCAUCGUGGGCGCUGAGCGGCGUGUCCGUGGUCGCGUGCUCCGAGACGCGCGUCGUGGCGGCCGCCGGCCCGCGUCUGUACCUCGUGGCCGUGGGCGAGCGCGCGCUCACGCUCAUCGCCGAGGUGUGCAUGGAGGAGGAGGUGGCGUGCCUGGACCUGGGCCCGGGCGGCGACACGGCGCUGCUGGGCGUGGGGCUGUGGAACGACAUCUCGCUGCGCGUGCUGCGCCUGCCCGACCUCAGGCCGCUGCACACCGAGAGACUGUGCGGCGAAAUAAUUCCCCGCUCGCUGCUGAUCUGCGUGCUGGAGGGCGUGUGCUACUUGCUGUGCGCGCUGGGCGACGGCUCCAUGUUCUACUUCACCAUGGACCAGGACACCGGCGUGCUCACCAACAAGAAGAAGGUCACCCUCGGCACGCAGCCUACGGUGCUGAGGAGCUUUAGGUCGCUGUCAACGACGAACAUAUUCGCGUGCUCGGACCGGCCCACCGUCAUCUUCUCGUCCAAUCACAAGCUGGUGUUCUCCAACGUCAACCUCAAGGAGGUGACGCACAUGUGCUCGCUCAACGCGCAGGCGUACCCGGACAGUUUAGCGCUGGCGACGGUGAACACGGUGACCAUCGGCACCAUCGACGAGAUCCAGAAGCUGCACAUCCGCACCGUGCACCUCGGCGAGUCGCCGCGCCGGAUCGCGUACCAGGAGGCCUCGCAGACAUUCGGCGUGGUGACCAUGCGCGUGGACAAGCUGGACGUGUCGGGCGGCAGCUCGGCGCUGGCCGUCCGCAGCAGCGCGUCCACGUCCGCCGCCAGCACCAGCGGCGCCGCGCCCGCCAGCAGCAAGCACGCGCCGCCCGCCGCCGACCUGGAGGUGCACAACCUGCUCGUCAUCGACCAGCACACCUUCGAAGUGCUGCACGCGCACCAGCUGCAGGCCAGCGAGUUCGCGAUGGCGCUGGUGUCGUGCCGGCUGGCCGACGACCCCAACCACUACUACGCGCUGGGCACCGCCAUCAUCAACCCCGAGGAGUCGGAGCCCAAGCAGGGCAGAAUCCUCUUGUUCCACUGGUCGGAGGGCAAGCUGACGCCCGUCGCAGAGAAGGAGAUCAAGGGCGGCUGCUACACGCUCGUCGAGUUCAACGGCAAGCUGCUGGCCUCCAUCAACAGUACGGUGCGGUUAUUCGAGUGGACGUCAGAGAAGGAGCUGCGGCUGGAGUGCAGUCACUUCAACAACAUCGUCGCGCUCUACCUCAAAGUGAAGGGCGACUUCAUCCUCGUCGGCGACCUCAUGCGCUCCCUCUCACUCCUACAGUACAAACAGAUGGAGGGUAGUUUCGAGGAGAUAGCGCGAGACUACAGUCCCAACUGGAUGACGGCCGUCGAGAUAUUGGACGACGACACAUUCCUCGGCGCAGAGAACAGCUUCAACCUCUUCGUCUGCCAGAAGGACAGCGCGGCGACAACAGACGAGGAAAGACAACAAAUGGGUUACAUGGGCCAGUUCCACAUAGGGGACAUGGUGAACGUGAUGCGACGCGGCGCGCUGGUCGCGCAGCUCGCCGACACCGCCGCGCCUGUCGCCCGGCCCGUGCUGCUGGCCACCGUCACCGGCGCCAUCUGUCUGGUGGUGCAGCUGACGCAGGAGCUGUUCGACUUCCUGCACCAGCUGGAGGAGCGGCUGACGCACAGCAUCAAGUCGGUGGGCAAGAUCCCGCACUCGUUCUGGCGCUCCUUCAACACGGACGUGAAGACGGAGCCCGCGGAGGGCUUCAUCGACGGCGACCUCAUCGAGAGCUUCCUCGACCUGUCGCGGGAGAUGCAGCAGGAGACCGUGCAGGGGCUGCAGAUCGACGACGGCGAGGGCAUGAAGCGCGACGCGACGGUGGAGGACUUGGCCAAGAUCGUGGAGGACCUCACGCGGAUACAUUAGAUGUUUGACUUUACCAUAAAAAUAUAUUUCCUCCAACUCG